AUGGCUAGCAGCGAAACCGCAACAGUCGAAAAACAAGUAGCAAAUGAAGAGGCUUCCGAUACUAAUGCCACAACUACAACCAUCACAACUACCACAAUAGAAACAACAGAAAUUAAAACUGCCAAAAUCGAAAAUGGAGAAGUUGAAGAAACUCCUACGCAAGUCGUUCCCACCUCUAGCGAAGUAAAAGAGGCAGAAAAAAAAGUGGGUGAAACGCUGGCAGAGGUAGUUAAAGAUAAAGAAAUUGAACAAGAAAAAGACGAAAAGGUUGUCGAGAAUGCUGAACAAAAGCCAGGAGAGGAAAAAGAUUUCGAGGAAAUUAAAGAAGGCAAAUUAUAUAAAAGAAGUGGUGUUGAAACUACCACUACAACUACAACUACCGUCACCGCCACUGCAACAAUCGCUGAUGUCGAAACAGAGUCUGAUUUUGAAAAACAGAAUAAAGUGCUAUUCACAACUAUCGCACAUGCAACACAAACUGGCAAAGGUUUAUUAUUCUAUUAUAAAUCACUCAAAUCUCAAAAUCGUCUCCAACCCCAAGGAAUCAUUAAUCUCGCUGAUAUUGUGGAAGUAAACACAAGUCCAUCAGUUAAUAGAAGUUUUGCAUUCAGUAUUAAAACGAAAAAUCGCGAAUAUUUUUUCAACGCCGAAAGCGACAAAGCUAUGAAAGAUUGGGUUAAGACUAUUGAAUUAAAAUCAGAAGAAGCGAAAAAGCUCGUUACUGAAUUAUAUAAUACUCAAGGUUUCAAAGAAGUUUAUAAUCAAUUGGUUGAUCGUAAAGAGCCUUUUAGUGGCAAGAAAAUCGAUGGAGUUGGUUCUGGCACAGAACUUAUGUCUUCGGGUGAUGAGAUUGAAGGGCCUGAAGCAUCGGAAUCAACCACUACACCUGUUCAAAAAACUCCUACCGAGCAAAAACGUAAAACUUUCCCUUUCAAUUUCAUUAGUGGUGUAAAAAAGAUGACCGAAACCGAGGAAACCACGAAAGAACCUACUGGAGAAACUACCACCGAAGUCGUCACGCCAAUUAUUACGACCAUCACCGAGGAAAAACCCAAAGAACCCGAGAAAUCUCCCGAUGGACGAAAAGGAAAAGGAGGAUUCUUUAGUUUUAUCCCAAAAACGAAAGAAGGUGAAGUCAGAGAAAAAAAUGAAGAAGAAUCAAGAUCUGAUGAAGAAGUUGUAGCCGAGACUAGUUCUGUCGCCGCCGCCGCCGCUGCUGCUGAAGAAUUAAAGAAAGAGGAGAAACAUGAAGAGAAACAUGAAGAGAAAAGGGAUGGAAUCCUUAAGACAUUGGGAAAGAAGAUAAUUGAUUCUCUUCCUGGUAAAGAACAGCAAACAACCGAAACAGCAAAAACCGAAACAGUAACACCCACCGAAAAUACUGAAGUUACAGAUGAUGCUGUGGUCACUGAAACAACAGCGGAAACAACUCCUGAAGCACAUAAAAAGGAAGAAAAUUCGAUAUUUAAUAUAUUUAGUAAGAAAAAAGGAAAAGAAGAAAAUAAAGCUGAAACACAAAAGUCCGAAACAGAAGAAGCUGGUGUAAAAGUUGAAGGUGAAGAAACAGCUCAAAAAGUAGAAGGUGAAGUUAAAGCAGCAUCAUCAUCUUCAGCACAUAAAAAGAAACCAAGUUUUAGUUUUUUCAGCAAAAAAUCCGAGGUAAAAUCCGACACCGAAGAAGAACACAAAAAAGAAGACGAUACAGCAUUAGAAAAGACUCCUGAAGAAACAGCGCCGGAAAAAGAUGAAGAUAACCUGCCAAAGAAAGAACCUCUCGCUCGACGACUCACUCAAAAAUUUUUAUCCAAACCAAAACCACCAACAGAAACAAAAGUCGUAGAAACACCGACCGAAACUAUUGAAGGGGAGACAACAAAUACAGCGGUCGAAACUGCAAAUGCAGAUGAGGGAAAUGAAUCUCAAGAAGCAGCAGAAAGCUCCGCUGAUCCAAAAGGAAUACAAUCAAUUUUUAAAAAUGAAGCAACACACGAAAAAGAAGUAACAUCAGGUUCAACAGAAUCACGUGAAAUCGCCGCUGUGCCAGAAUCAACUACUGAAGACAAUGCCAAAGCUUCAACAGAACCAAAAGUCGCCAAAUCAGAAGAAACAGAAAACGAAAAAAACGAGAAACUAAUAAAAAAGAAAGCCGAAGGAAGUGUAAAGGAUGGAUAUCUCCAAAAACAUGCGCAAUUCUUCAAAAAUUUACAAUCUCGAUACUUUAUAUUCUCAAAAGAAGGCACUUUGACUUAUUUUAAUGUGGAGAGACCUGAAACUCCGAAAACGGUCAAAAUUGAUCGCGGGGUUGUCAUUGAAAAAACUAACGACCAUAGACAAGUUUCGUUUGAGAUAAAGACCAAAACACGUGAUUAUUCGUUAGUUGCAAAAACUAAAGAAGAACGUGAUGAAUGGGUUAAUGUGUUGCAAGAGUAUCAGAAAAGUUUACCUGAAGAAUCUUCGUCAUCAAGUAAUGUAAAAGAUUCAGUUGCAACGCUUGAAGUAGCACCACCAACUGAAGAAAAUGAACUAGUUGAAUCAGUUGAAGAAGCAGCCAAGAGAGUGCAAAACGAAUCAAAUGUUGAAAAUAAUGAAGCAGAUGUCGAGACUAAAGAAGCGGAUAUUGAGACUAAAGAAGCAGAUGUUACUUUACCUGCUGCUGCCUCUUCUUCCAAUCAAGCUGGUGUUGAGUCAACCGAAAUUGUUGAUGAGAAGGAAAAAAUAGCUAGUUCAUCAUAA